CUCAAACCAUCGUCGCCAAUCAAAUCAAAGUACCUUAGCCUAAAAAUCCAUUAUUGUUCCUUCCAGAUAAUAAAAAAAGAAAAGAAGAGGAAAAAGAAAUGAAGGUGUCAGGUGACAGAAGCAGCUUUAUCUUCUUUUUCUGACCUCGCUUCCAUCCCCUUUCAUAGUAAUGAUUCCGCAGCUUACUCUUUUCUCUGUCUCCCUUCCUCUUUCUAUUUUCUCUCUCUCUUUCUCUCUUUCUCUCUUUCUUAAAUAAACAAAACAAAACUUCAAUCUCUCUCUCUCUCUCUCUCAACCGUGUUUAAUGCCUUUGCUUCACCCUCUUUCUCUGUGUAUGUAAAAUCUUUGUUUUUAUCAGAGCUCCUGCAGAAAGUUGUGUCUCAGAUCCCUAUAAACACCGAAAACGAUACAACUCUCUGCACUCUGCACUCUCUCUCUAUCUCUGAAAAUCAUCAUUUACAAUUUUACACACAACCUAUUACCGAAUAGGGUGGUCCUCAACCUCAACCUCGCUCAUUUUUCUUUCUCUUUUUUUCUCUCUCUGUCUACCCUAUAUUAUUCUGCUCUGCCUUUAUCAAUCGAUCCAUCGCACUCUCUAAAAAUUGAGAAAAUGCAAGAACCGAGCCUGGGAAUGAUGGGCGGGUUAAGCGGCGAGGUCUCCGGCGAUCACCACCGUCAACUGAAGGCGGAGAUAGCCACACAUCCGCUGUACGAGCAGCUGCUGGCUGCACACGUGUCGUGCCUCCGUGUGGCUACUCCCAUCGACCAACUCCCUCUCAUCGAUGCUCAGCUAUCUCACUCUCACCAUCUCAUACGCUCUUAUGUCUCUCACCAUACCCACUCUCUCUCCCCCAAUGACCGCCAAGAACUCGACAACUUCCUGGCACAGUAUUUGAUAGUUUUGUGUACUUUCAAAGAACAGCUUCAGCAACAUGUCAGAGUCCACGCCGUCGAGGCUGUCAUGGCCUGCCGCGAUAUCGAAAAUACCUUACAAGCUCUCACAGGAGUGAGUCUGGGGGAAGGAACUGGUGCAACAAUGUCAGAUGAUGAAGAUGAGUUACAGAUGGAUUUUUCUUUGGAUCAAUCUAGCGCUGAAGGGCAUGACAUGAUGGGAUUUGGUCCCUUACUUCCUACAGAAUCUGAAAGGUCACUGAUGGAGAGAGUUCGUCAGGAACUAAAGAUUGAGCUGAAGCAGGGUUUCAAGUCAAGAAUUGAAGAUGUCAGGGAGGAAAUAUUAAGGAAACGUAGAGCUGGGAAAUUACCAGGUGACACAACUUCCGUGUUGAAGAAUUGGUGGCAGCAACAUGCAAAGUGGCCUUAUCCUACCGAAGAUGACAAGGCAAAACUUGUGGAGGAGACAGGGUUGCAGCUGAAGCAAAUUAAUAAUUGGUUCAUCAAUCAAAGGAAACGCAACUGGCACAGCAACUCUCAAUCGGUUACCUCUUUGAAGUCGAAGCGUAAGAGAGUGUAGUCUCCCUAAGGAUUCCGAUAAGAUGCAGAAGAUAGUAGAUGGGUUACUGUAAUGUAAGAUAGCUGAAGAAAAAAAGCCUGCAAGUAAAUUUGUGGAAUUUAACGUAUGCAAACAACUUUUGUUUUAGGUGUGGUUAUGCCUCUCUUUUAACGGUCUUUGUAAAUUGUUUGUUACUUUUCUGACCGACGGCAGAAUUAUUACUGUCACUACACACAUCAUUGGAAGAUUUUCGCGGUUCUUUACAAUUAUAUAUGUUCUUUGAUCCUACA